CUCAACUUGCACCUUCAUGAGUUCAUCAUGUGCAUGAUCCAUCAGAUUAAGCUAGGCUGAGCUCAAGUUCUUUUGACACCGAUUCAUACCGAUAAUCAGCUGCGAGAAGGGAAUCCUGAAUUCAAUCUGCUGCGGAAUUGCAAGACUGCGCUGGACUCAUUACAUCGAUCGAAUUUUUAUAGGCUUACUCGAGAGUGGGUUCUUCGAAGUUUACCUCACUUUUCCAGUGCUCCGUUAAGAUGAACCGUGACCCACACACCUUGCCUCCUCUUCCUAAAAUUGAACAUGACCUCGAUUUAACAUUAGCCGUCUUUACUCAUAAAUCUGUUGGUAUCAGCAGUACUGCUGGGCCUACACAUUACGACGGUGACCGCCUAGCAGAAGUGGGGGAGAAGGCAUUGGAUCUGGCUGUCACCAAUUUUCUGUAUUGCAAACAACCAGUCAUGAAUGGCGAAGAGAUGCGAAAGCAACGAGGAAAAAUUCUGCAAGAUGAGGGGAUCCUCCAGUGGCUCGAUUACUACAAGCUUAAGCCCAAAUUACGCACCGCAGAUCUUACGAUUUUGGAAAACCCACGAGAGAUGAAAAAGUAUUUUUUCACUUAUGUUGGGGCAGUUUCCAUCUCCGGCGACAUGUCAGCCGUCAAUAAUUGGAUCGCUCCGUUGAUAGAUCCCAAUGCUGCACUACUCCCAGACUUUAUUUCAGCUUCGAAUUCGUCCUCUUCUCAGACUUCUCAGCAAACCUCUCCGCAGUCUCAGCACUCAUCAUCGAGACCACCGCAAUACACUGCCCCUCCACCACCACUUGGAAAUCCUCCCCCAAUUCCCCCAGACUAUCCUCCUGCAGGCUCUAGUUCAAUGGGUGCUGCUGCUUUAUUGACUCUUGCCACCAUAAACCAAACAGCAGUCCAGAAAGGGGUUAACAUUCAAUAUCAAGGUGAUUCAAGUGGGCCUGCUCAUGAUCCUACCUGGACUGUCCAUUGCCUCAUAAAUGGCCAAGAACAUGGUACAGGUAGAGGAAAGAACCAGAAGGUUGCCAAACUUGAGGCAGGAAAAGCUGCAUACCUAAGCAUGGGUUGGAUGCCAAAUGCCUGAGGGAAAUGAACUGUGAUU